CGAAAUCUAGACGCAAAAACACUGUGUUGGUUCUAUUUUGCUGUAUUUUGUUUUAAUUACCAUUUAUACUCUAGCGAUGAAUCAGAAUUUAAAUUAGUCGCCAUCUGCUAGCUCAGCGUUUAAGACUGUUUUGCGGGGUGUGAUCACUCUCAUGCUGAAGUUUCGGCUGGUGUCAACCCAUUUUUUGAAACAGCCAUAGAUACGAUUAUGUGUCGAGAUAGAGAUAUGAACCCCAUGUGUUCUCAGUCAUAACUCAUUAAAAUCACUGUGACAAAGUUCUAACUUUAUCAUAUUCAUAAAUUCUAUUAUUUAUUAGAGAUAUUCAUUACCAUACAUAAGUAUUACAGUACUAAUAAAUAAUUUUGUGAAAAUAGAAGCUUUUAAUAAAGGUCGAAGGAAAAGAAUGAAAGGUCCGACUCGGAAGGAAGAAUCCCCUUCUAAGUUGCACGAUGGUAAAAUGGGUAAGCAGAAGCGCGUACUAACAAGCUCAAUAAGCAGCAAACCGAUAUCGCUGCUGACGACGUACGAUGAAGCAAAAGCGACGUGCAAAGCUAGGAAACGAAAAGAAAGACAAGAAAGCAUUAGCUCGCUGUGCCAGGAGAGGAAAGUGAUUAGAUCGAGUUCUGAAGAGAGGCCCGCUCAAAAGAAAUACGUAGAAAAUAAGAAUAGUAUUAGGAGAGUAUCGAGUAGCGAAGAUUUUCAGAGCCAAAGAGCCAGUUCUGUAGAGAGGGUGGCUAGUUCCACAGGGAAAAAAGGUUCUGAUAAGCUUUUGACAUACGACGACUGUGAACAUGAAAAGAGAAGAUCCCACGAGAGAUUCGCAAGACCGUUAGCAACCAAAGGAAAGAAACAUCCCACCAAACGUCUAAAAGUAAAAUGCAUACCACGACCUAAGUACAAGCCUGAACUAUCUUUUGAUACACGAGACCAGCACAAAAAACUACAACUUAGCCACGGCGGAUUUUUAGCCGAAUACGACAGCUCUAGAACCGGAUUUUUAAAACUACACAUUGAAGAAGGAAACAGAUCACCUAGUCCAACACAAGAAUUAGUUUCGCCAGUUGUGGAUUGGUCUACUUUGCACGAACAAGUCGACUGUUCCGAGCCUUUGGUAUCCCAGACUUCCAGGCAGGGUCAUGAAACCGACUCUAUGCCAAUUAUUGCUUCGAAUCGACUAUUGUCUUCCCCUAGAAAUUCAAUCAUAGCUACGCACCGGAUCUACCUGGAUCCUGACGUUCCAAAAGUAACAACCAACUUGGAUAAAAAACCGCAGAAUCCUUUAGACGAAAGACUACAUAAGUUAGCCAAACAAAUCAACAGUAUUAAAAAGAAAAUAAAGAAGUGUGAAGUUGAAUUUGAAAAUAAACAUGGUUACAAGCCCUCACACGUUGAAAAAAUGAACGACAUCAACAUUAAAAAACUGUACACUGAACUGAGUUCGUUGAAGAGAGAUCAAAAGCAACUAAAUGAAAUAUCUAAUAGUAACCCACUGUUAUCUUCCGAAGAAAAGACUUCUGCUAGUAUUACCAACUUAGAAAUCACCAUUAGCGAGAUUGAAAAAAAACUAUCUGCAAAGAGAGAAGCUGCUAAUAGAAGCACGAACAUCGAUGAAAUGUCUUCAGAAGAAUUGGUAGAAGAGAAGGUUGCUGUUCAAAAGGCUUUAUUACUGUUAGAAUCAAUACACGGGCGACCUAAUACCAAAGAAGAUCGUGAUGUAGUAAGGCCUUUUUACGACAGAUAUCGCACGUUGAAGAGAAUGGUGUCAAAACUAGCGAUGACAAAUUUAACAGGAAACGAACUAGCAACAAUUCAUGAAAACGAAGCCAUGAAUUUCGUCACACCAACCUCUUCAUCUCAAUCAAACGAUACAGAAUCAGAAAAAACGAUCCUGCCUUCCACUAGCACGGAUAGCGAUACCGACAGCUCUGUCGGUGAUAAUCUCCAUUCCAUGACCAAAGACGAACUAAUCGAGCAGCUGAAGAUCGUAAUGGAAGAGAGGAAGGAACUGAAAAGGAAAUUAAAGCAGUUCGAACUGGAGGUACAGUUAAAGACUGGAAAGAUGAUCCAAAAAGAGGAGAAGGCUCCAAUGGAAUCUUCUUACAUAGCAUACAAAAAAGUAAAGGCAAAGUCUCGUCUGCUGGAGGCUCUUGUCGGGAAAUUAAGCUAAAAUUAACACUAAAUUUAGUGUUUUGAAUAGACGUUUUUAUCCUGCUUUGUCCUUUUAUUAUAAUUUUAUAUGUAUGUAUCUCCAUGUAUGUGAAAUAUAUGAAAUAAAGUAUAAAUUUU